GCUUAAUCCAUUGAGCCACUCAGGUGCCCCUAUAGUAUUAACUUUUGAAAAAGAAGUUCGCAGUUACACUUCUUCAAAGUCAAAGUGUCAGAGCAGAGAUUAGUACUCUAAUCUUUUUUUUUUUUUUUGUCUGCACAUUUAGUUUCAGUGUGCUUUAGCACCCUUUCCGUACAGAAAUGAGUGCAAAGAUGUAAAAUAUGGCACUUUGAAAAGCAAAGCUGAAAUUAACUUUAGCUUUUAAUGGUGAUAGUCCUUUUUUCAAAAGUGCUUUUAUUUAAAAUCACUGCAGUUUCAGUAAGUUAAAAAAACAUUUUAAGGUGCUGGACCCUUGGGGGGGGACUCCACGAACUGGGAGUGGGCUUGAGAACUGGGUGUGAUCCCACAGUGGCAUUCACCCUGGCUGCAGCAGUCCGAGCUGGGGUGGGGAGGUAGUGCGUUAAGCUUUCAGCUGUUUUCUUACUUUGCACUUCAGAGAACUUUGUUGUGACUUUCCUCCAUUCCCUUCCUUCACCUCUUGAGCCAGCUGCUAUGAGCUGGGCUGGGAGAGUCCUGCGGGCAAGCCGGAGACUAGACCCUGUAGGAGCGAAUGUCUUUUGCCUAGGGAUGGUUUUGCGUCCCUGCCAGGUGGCAUGCACCCUCCUAAGGGACAGUAGGUCCUUCAUCCCUGUCUCCAAAAUGGGAACUGUCAGGUGUGAAUUAACUAAGAAUUUAACUUCAGAGGAGACCAUUUAUCAUAGUAAGAUCUCUACUAUAGGAACUGGAUCAGUUGGCAUAGCAUGUGCUAUCAGCAUCUUAUUAAAAGGCUUGAGUGAUGAACUUGCCUUUGUGGAUGCUGAUGAAGGAAAAACGAAGGGUGAGACAGUGGAUCUUCAACAUGGCAGCUCUUUCAUGAAAAUGCCAUAUAUUGUUUGCAGCACAGAUUACCAUGUCACUGCAAACUCCAACCUAGUGAUUAUGACAGCAGGUGCACACCCAGGAAAAGGAGAAACAUGCUUUGAUGUAGUUAAGAGAAAUGUGUCCAUCUUUAAAUUAAUGAUUUCCAACAUUACCUGGUUUAGUCCCCAGUGCAAAAUGAUAGUUGUUUCCAAUCCAGUGGAUAUCUUAACUUAUGUAUCUUGGAAAUUGAGUGCAAUUCCCCAAAACAGUGUUAUUGGAAGUGGCCGUAAUCUGGACAUUGUCCGUUUCCAUUUCUUUAUUGGGCAAAGACUUAGUUUCCACUCUGAAAGCAUAAUCCUUGGAAAACAUGGAGACUCGGGUGUACAUGUGUGGAAUAGAGUGAACAUUGCUGGUAUCCCCUUGAAGGAUCUGAAUUCAGAUAUAGGAACAGAUAAAGAUCCUGAUGACUGGGAAAAUGUCCACAGAGAAGUGAUAACCUGUGAUUGUGAGAUGAUUAAAAUGAAAGGUCAUACUAAUUGGGCUGUUUGCCUCUCUGUAGCUGACUUAACAGGAAACAUUUUGAAGAAUCUUAGGAGAGUGCAUACAGUUUCCACUAUAACGAAAGGCCUCUAUGAAAUAAAUGCAGAAGUGUUUGUUAGUGUUCCUUGUAUCCUGGGAGGGAAUGGUAUUGCAAACCAUAUUAAGAUAAAGCUGACCCCUGAAGAGGAAUGUUUGAGAAAGAGUGCAGAAAAACUUUGGGAAAUUUAGAAAGAGAACAAGCUUUAAAGUUAUUUAGAACCAUCCUGACGUUAUUAAAGUAGAGAUAGUGGUUGUAGGAUUGUAUAUCAAACUUUUGAUUGAUUGAUUGAUUGAUUUGACAGACAGAGAUCACAAGUAAGCAGAGAGGCAGGUGGGGGGGGUGGG